CUCGCCAAUGUUUGUUUGUUUGUGUGGGGUUUGUAUGAUAAUAAGCCCGGCAGGGCGAGCUCUACGGCGGGAUGUCGGCGCUGAAGGAGAGCCGGUGUUACGGACUGUCCACCGGUAAACUGAACGGCGGCAACGUCUCUGUUUUUCAUGUCAAACUCACUGACAGCGCGGCAAGAGCCAUUGGCUACUCUGAAAACCACAAGGGUUGGUCCUCCCGUCCCACCAUCUGUUUUAAUGGCAACAAAGGGAGAAUCACCGUCCCUUGCGCUGAGAAUAGAGAUGAACUGAGGAGCUUCACCUUCGGCUUGACGAACGUCGCCCGUGAUAACCCGCACGGAAGCUUUGACUGCUUCCAACAGCACGGCACUGGUGCUGCCGAGGAGCUGUCAUGUCUCGGGGUGAUCCAGAAAAAGAUGACCGUCAACGCCACGGAUGACUCGUACGACAAAGCUCGCCAGAACAUGGCCCAAGCUGAGGAGGAGACACGCAGCCGAGGAGCCAUCGUCAUCAAACAGGGGGGGCGCUUCCAGGGCAAGAAGGUGACGGUGCGAGCACCGGCCCCCGCGCUGGCCGGCCUGACCAAGCCCCGACACGCCGACAAGUCCCAGUCUCUCCUCGGCAACGUCAAGAGGGGCGUCCAAGUCGGCGCGUCCAAGCCGAAGAAGGGGGCCUGUGCUCCGAACAGGAAGAGCGUGACCGACGUGCAGGAGAGGCAGCUCAGGGACAGAUUAACGCAUCUGCUGGCUCUGAGGCCGUACAGGAGGCCUGAGCUCAUCUUGAGGCUGCAGAAAGACGGACUGACGGCAAAAGACAAAGACAUGCUGGACUCUGAACUGAUGGAGGUUGGUCAGCUCAAUAGUAGAGACAACACAUUUGGUCUAAAGGACGGUCUGUACAAGGAGCUGCAGAGGGACUGGCCAGGCUACUCCUCCGGAGACCAGCAGCUCCUCAAACGAAUCUUUGUCAGGAGGCUGUUUCAGCCUCAACAGAACCUCCUCACCGUCCCAGAGGCCCAGGUCAGUCCACUACGAGACACCCCCAACUCCUCCCCGGCGCACCGCCCAAAACCUUCCCUGCCCGAGGAAUACACUGACCCUUUGGCGAGUAAGAAGCCCAGGAUAUCCCACUUGUCUAGCAAAACAACCAGAGACAAGCCAAGAGUGAGGCCCGCCAAACGAGCGGCUCAUAAAGUCGUCACGGAGGAGACGGGCAAUGACGGGAAAAGGGACUCGCUUGAUCGUCGAAAGCUUUUUGACUCCCUGUCGGCAGUCUGUCAGCGGGAGGCAGAAGUGGCCAAGAGGCUGGAACCAACUCCCUGUGCUGAGGAGGAACCCGAAGUUCCGGCAUCAUACCCCCCUCAGCCCAACCCCGAUCGCCCUCCGUCCCCUCUGAUGGUGCCUGAUCGGAACAGACACACAAUCAAAAGGAAGAAGAGCAAACGCAAACACAGAGAUCAGGAGAAGGAUAGGUUGAGAGGAAGGAAAGAAAGGAGGAAAGAUCACAGUUCAGAGGAUCCAAACGAUAAAGUCUCCUUGUACUGCAUAGAGCCAAGUGAAAUGUUGUUUGACUCUGGUGUGCUCCAAGCAGACAAUGACACAGUCGACUAUCUAUUGAAGUACGCAGUGAUUUCCAAUCACGACCAGAGACAGAGCUACAAGCAGGACUUCAACACGGAGUACAGCGAGUACAGAGAUCUACACGCUCGUAUCGACGGAGUGACGCGGCAGUUCAUGGAGCUGGACGCGCAGCUUAAACGGCUGCACCACGAGUCCCAUAAAUACAAGACGGUUCGUUAUCAAAUUCUUCAGGAGUAUCGCAAAAUCAAAAAGUCCAACCCCAACUACAACCAGGACAAGACUCGCUGUGAAUAUCUCCACAACAAACUGGCCCACAUCAAGAAGCUCAUAUCGGAGUACGACCAGCAACAGUUCUGACUGUGAGACCAGUGAACUUGGAGAGCGCAACGAUCACCCUGAGACUCGCUGGCUCACGCUGCUGAGCUGACUGCCAUCGAGCUUCAAAUCUAUGGUCUUCAAACGGAGUCUCGCAAGACCUGCUGGAAAUGUCACUGAGGUUGGGAGACAUUUGUGCAGAGCAGCGGGAAAAGCAGACGAAUAAUAUGAGAGAUUUUAUUUCAAAAUGGGAAAUCUUUGAGGGGAAAAAAAUAAAUGGUUUGACCAAUGCGCUGAUACUACUGUGACACGUUACUGCCAAGGACACAUAGUUUCAAUUGUUUUACAUUUGUAGAUUCAUCAUCAAUUUGUUUAUGAAUUUGGGUAAUUGCUUAUGUGUUCUGUUAGCCAUGUCAGCAUUUAGGUUUAAGCCAGAAGCAUGAGAUAACCGCACGCUGUAUGUACCCAGACGGCUCGUAUGAAUAGCAGAUGUGGACACACCGAGAAGACGUCUUUUCUCUGGGUUUCGGGAAUUGAGACUUUAUCGGUGUGGUGUUCUCCUCAGUUCAGAUCUGCUCAGUAACGACUCCUCCGAUAACGAAAGUAUUGCCAGUGCCUGAAGUGGUUUCUGAGUCUGUACUGGAUUCACAGUGUUCUAUGGUGUUCUCCCUCUUGUGGCUUUGCUGGAUCACAGAAGACUGUUAUGUUAAACACAAUGUGAGCUUGAAGUAUUGAGAGCUGUUACGGGAUGAGCUGCACUAACAGUGUUACUGAAAACUGGAUUUAAUGAUUAGUUACAAAGUCGUUUAUAGUGUAGGCUGAGACGGAGAACAAUUAAGAAAUAUUAAAAAAAGUGUUGCAUGCUGUGUACUUUACUGAAUGCAUGAGGAAUAAUCUGAAGUUUUGUCUGUUUCAAAUAAAUUUAAUUUGUAUUCAUUUUGUAUGAUUUCUUUUUCUUCUUAUUUAUGAUUUUUUUUUUCAG